AUGAGAAUCUCUUACAUAUUCUUACUCAUAAAUUUGUUCUUGGUAAUUAACUUGUUGGCACCUUGUGUGUGCUCAGAGAAUGCGGUAAAGAAGAAAGUCCUAGAUGCGUUCAACACAAUCAGCGAAAAAUUGAAUGGCUAUGAUAAAAAAAAGAAGAACGCAAUAUUGGCAGGCGCUGCAACUACAGCAAUUGCCAUCAUAUCGACUUUAAUUGGAGGUGUACACUUACUUAAGCCCAAACGUAAAAACGAAUUGGAUGAUCCUGGAACGGUUGCAUUCGUUGUUAACCUUUCACUUGAUACGGCAGAUGGUGGAGUUGUUCAAUCACAGAAGGGGUACAUCAUGGCAAAAGACAUUACUAAAACAUUCUCAAGUGAAGAGGAAUUACGAGAAUAUAUAGAGAAGAGCAUAGAAGACAGUGGUUCAGAUACGGCCAGUUCCGAUAGGAAGGAUCUUCUGAACUCCAUUAUGCACAUCAAUGUGAACAUUACGAAUGCGCCCGGUAACACUCAAACAUAA